ACUGUGGGUUCUUCCGGAGUAUGUCAGCCAUCGAGCCAGCGGCGGGUAGUCCAGAGACGCUGCCUGCGUCUGUGGAUUCCUCCAGAGUGUGCCAGCCAUCGAGCCAGCGGCGGGUAGUCAGGCAUCGAGGCCUUCAACGACGAGGUCUUGAACAUCGUUGACGAUCAUCGAGGCCUUGGACCUGUAGGCACUACCGCCAGACAUCUGGACCUGUCAUCUGCGUGGGCCGUUGGAAUCAUCAAGCAGUUAUGGUCCCACUUCGAGGAAGUUCCAGAAGCACCAACCAGCUGUCACGAGUGCGUGUACAAAGGAGUCAUGUUUGCAAUUGUGGCCUCAUCAUUUGCGCUGGCUGUGUAUAUGGUGAAGCUCCUCAAAGAACUCGUUGAGCCCAGCGACAUUUUUCUCCAGUGCCUUAGGUCCCAUUUGUCUGUGCCAAGCACAGAAGUUCGAGGACGUGGACCUGUCUCUCGGCGGCACCGAGCACCACGCCGGACAACGCCUGAGAGACCCGAGAGUGGGUACGCUUUGGGAUUUGCGGCCCGUGCUAGUGCAUUUUUCCAAGGACGGGCUUCAGGGCCAGAACAGCGUCCGAGGACCAUGCCAUCUGUGUUGGGAAAGGCAGUACAAGAGGAUUCGACAUCCGUAUCUCGUCAAAAUGCUGAACAGCCUUCGGAAAGGUUUCUUCUGUCCAAAACACCCGCGCUGCUACGAGCCAAGACAGUCGUCCCAGUCAGUCGACUGGACCGAGACCCUGGCGUCUGUGGCAACAUGGAUGGUGCUAAUAGUGGUUUCGGCUUUCGCUAUUAUUGCCUACAGGAUUGGUGGAUCCUUGACAUUCUUCUCAUCGUCAUCAGGAUUUACGUUGGACGGUUGGCCCUUCGACAAGCGUAUCGGCUUUUGCGAGCCCUGGGCUUCGAGAUUUAUGGGAUCAGGGCGGGAUCCCCCGCCGCAAGGUACCACCAUCGCUACCCCGAACGCGUCGUAAGCGGCAGGCGCCUUCUCGACGCUAAAUCGGUGGGCCAUGAAGGGCAUACCAUAUUGGACCGAAACAGCAAUAAUGUUCAUCGCUGAAGACGUGACCGAGAUUUUAUUCAAUAUCGCAGUGGUCAUUCUCAGUGACGCUGUUAACCGUUGACCAUGUCCAAUAAAGUCAGUCAGUAUGUCAUUUUUUAAAAAACUUCAUAAGUUAUAGUAAUUUCGUGUCUCUAAUAAAUCUGUAAAUUGGAAGAACAUCGCCUUCAUGGUUGAAUCUAAGCGAAGCUGACCUAUGGGAGAGAAAGACUUCUGAAAUUGGUAACAGACCAUGUUGGACAAAAGGAAAAACUAAAAGUUUGAUAGGUCGACGAUAUCAGUGACAGAAUAUUCAAAAUAAAUAAGGAUUAGAUUCAGGCACGUCGAAAUGGUGAGACAGAUCGACCGGCCAGUGCAGCUAUGACAUCCAUCCCGGGCCAUCACCUUUUCUCACGUUUUUCACGGCUCGUCUUGAAGCGCGUACUCGAGGACCACCUCACGGCUGGCCUCCACAAAGCCAUGCGACAAUAGCAGGUGAAGUCGGCAACGAGUGCGCCUGGGGGCUCGAGGCCACGGCACAGCGCCGAGCAUAACAUGCAUGAAGAAGAGUGAAGACUAGCUUGCCGACGUACAAGUGUCCCCACCCAACACUAGACCGACCAAAUGAGCACCAGUCGUCUGCCGCCGACAACGAGACUGGUCUUUAGCAAGAAGCGCACUGUGUCAAACGGGAAAUGGUGGUACCUGUAAGGGCCCGUCCUGACUGAAAAUGAGGGCGAGGCUGACCUAGCUGGCCAUGGCGAAUGUCUUCGCUGCUGGGGCUUCCACGGAGACGAGAAAAGCCUCCCAGGCACCACCCCCCGACAACGAUGGGAAUGUCUCGUCGGCCAUACAUGGGGCUCCCGCCAAACAAAUAUAGGUUGAGACGAAAGAAGCGAUGCGAGCUUCCCCUUCGAUCCCUGCCGAUGCCAAGACUCCGAAGUGUCGUAGUCACUCGUGGUCUGGCAGCAGCACUGACUUGUCAAGCGAGGAAAGCGCCGCAAAAACAUCGUGCCACUCACACGUCUGUGGUCCCGUUGGGCGCCAGCCCAAAGGCAACCACCGCGAAAAGUGCGCAACCGUUACAGAAAGCAGCCGAAAAAGGAAGAGGGGCCUAAACAAGGGCCACCGAAGAUCAAAGAAUGGCUACUCUGCCGCCAGCGUGAGCACGAAGACCGGCGGGAAAUGGCGGCGCUACCCCCGCAGUCACGCGUAGCCGAGCCGCGGAGGAUGGCGGCUCAAGGCAAGGAAGGCUGCGAGCAGUUCGUCCGCGAAAUCUCGACGGUGCAAGAGACGAGGGCUGGCAAGGCCCUGCUACAGUAUACUACAUUGUAUUUCAGAUUAGCAAUUUCUAUCCUACCGUACAGAAUAAAGCUGCUUUUGUCCAGUCUAA